UGCAUCGCUCCGUCGCUAACGCCGUCGUAUCGCCCAACGCUUCCCGGUCAAGCGCUUCCAACGCCCAUCGAUUUCUACGUUGCUUUGUUUGACUGAUUGUUUCUGUGCAUAAUUGCAAUCUUUGAAUACUGUAUACAAUGGCUGAUAACGUUCCCGCCUCUUCGUCCUCCACUCUGCCACCACCCCCGCAGGCUGCCACUGGGGCUUCGGGCCAGCAGUAUGACGCCUCUCAGGGCAAUGGCCAGGCCAAUCCCUCCCACAUGCCACCACCCCCUCGUCCGCCAGUGGUGAUCCCGCAGAACACCAACCCUAUCCCCACCGCUAUCACCUCCCCGAUGUCUGGGAACAUGAUGUCCCCGACCAGUGCUGGUGGAUAUGUUCGUCGGGCUGCCCCUGAGCCCAACAAGAGGGCUCUCUAUGUCGGCGGACUCGACGCCAGGGUGACAGAGGAUAUCUUGAAGCAAAUCUUUGAAACCACCGGCCAUGUCGUGAGCGUGAAGGUCAUUCCCGACAAGAACGCCAGCUCGAAGUUCAAUAACAAGGGAUGCAACUACGGUUUUGUCGAAUUCGAUGACCCUGGCGCGGCUGAGAGAGCCAUGCAGACCCUCAACGGGCGCCGUAUCCACCAGUCGGAGAUCCGUGUGAACUGGGCCUACCAGUCCAACAACACAAACAAGGAAGACACCUCCAACCACUUCCACAUCUUUGUUGGUGACCUGAGCAAUGAAGUGAAUGAUGAAGUCUUGCAACAGGCUUUCUCUGCCUUUGGCUCGGUGUCCGAGGCUCGUGUCAUGUGGGACAUGAAGACCGGACGCUCUCGAGGCUACGGUUUUGUUGCCUUCCGUGACCGCUCAGAUGCCGACAAAGCCCUGAGCUCGAUGGAUGGUGAAUGGCUCGGUUCCCGUGCCAUUCGCUGCAACUGGGCCAACCAGAAGGGCCAGCCUUCUAUCUCUCAGCAACAAGCGAUGGCUGCCAUGGGCAUGACUCCCACUACUCCCUUUGGCCACCAUCACUUCCCUACUCACGGCAUCCAGAGCUACGACAUGGUUGUCCAGCAAACCCCGCAGUGGCAGACCACGUGCUACGUUGGUAACCUUACCCCUUACACCACCCAGAACGACCUCGUCCCCCUGUUUCAGAACUUCGGCUACGUUCUGGAAACCCGCCUGCAGGCCGACCGCGGGUUUUCGUUCGUCAAGAUGGAUACACAUGAGAAUGCUGCGAUGGCUAUUUGCCAGCUCAACGGGUACAAUGUCAAUGGCCGCCCUCUGAAGUGCAGCUGGGGUAAGGACCGUCCUCCCACUGGCCAAUUCGACUCUUUUGCCGGCCAGCAGGGCACCUCGCCCUUCAAUGCCAGCCCAGCCCCGUUCUUCCCCCAGUACAACGGCCCCGGGGCACCCAUGGCUCCUCAGGGCCCUAACCCUGCUGGACGAGGCUGGGACCAGGGCGGAAUGCCCGGACAAGGCUACGCUCAGGUCCCUGCAAAUGCCGGAGGCUAUGGUCGUGGACAGGGUACACCAAACUCUGGCUGGACUCAGCCAGCCAACGCCAACUUUGGAAACGGUUUCGGGGGCUACCAAGCGUAGCCCAAUUUCGAUUCUCGCCUCUUGAAUGUCGACUGUGUUUAAACUUCUCCCUCAAAAAAAUUUUUUGAGUGCGAGUCGAUACCUGCGGCAACAACAAAAAAAAAGAGGUCUAUCUUUCUUUCCUUUUUUUCUUUCCAAACCCCUCACUUCCCCCAUACAUUCUCCCCUUUUAAGCUUUUUUUAUAUCAUGAUUGCUUCUCAAACUGUCCUACUAAGUGGAUUUUCAAGCGCA